AGCUGCUUUAAAGCCAGACUGGUUGGUAUCUUGGAGGUUGUCCUAUGAGAGAUAGAGAGACAGUUGAUUAUAGACAAUGCCUUCAAGAAUUUUAGAAAGAAAUGUGAUAGUCUGUAGUUACUGAUGUCUGAUGGAUCCAGAGCAGGUUUCUUUAGGAUGGGAAUUACCCUUGCUCUCUUGAAGGUAGUUGGAUCCUUCUCUACCACAUUAGAAGGAUUCUGCCAUUUAUGUCCACACAGGCUGCUCAGGUACUUGUUAUCUCUUGUCAUUUCAUCACUGGACUACUGCAACACACUGCUGCAGGUCUACCUAUGAAUGCAAUUCAUCUUCUGCAAACAGCUUUUUUUUCAGCCUGCCUAAGUUCUCGCAUACCACACCGCUGCUGCUAUCCCUCCACUGGCUUCCAGUAGCUGCACGCAUCAGAUUCAAAACACUGAUGCUGGCCUACAAAGCCAAAAAUGGACCAACUUCCUCUUACCUCAAAGCCCUCAUCACUCCUCACACUGAGGGCUACCAGCACUGCUCGACUGGUUCCACCAUCUCUCAGGGUAAGAGUGAGCGUGAUCUCGACGGAGGUGACGUACGUGGUGGGAGGACUGGUGUUCGCCUGUAUUGUGGAGGGGCGGGUGUGGGACUACGCCAUCACUGUCUCACUGCUACACGUAGGCCUCACGGUCACUGUCAUGGCCGAUUUCCCCUCCACAGAACACUGGUGGAUCUCUCAGGGUUCAGGAUUAGUGAUGAUGAUCUUCGGUGGUCAGAUUCUGUCGUAUCAUCUGUAUUGGAAGAAUUUUGUUCAUCCUGCAGACCUCCAAAACUUCUGAGUGAAAUCUCUUAACAGUUUGAACUGUGUGUUGUUUCCUCUCUCUCUCUCUCUCU